GUUGGUUGUGUCAUGUGACUAGUGGCUAACGUUUCCGUGUUAUUUUUGUUUUCCUGGUGCGCGUUGCAUUUAGUGUGUGGUCUGAUUUCAUGAUGUUCAUAUUUGUAAAGUCGUUUGGAAACAUUUCUGACACAGCAGAGUCUCAGAAAGUCUCAUGUUUUAACGUCCGGAGACUGGAGGAUUAAUGUUACGUGCCGCCGCUCGUCCACGCAGCAGCCAAUCAGAGACGCCGUUACAGUUUUUACUGUGAAAAGCGAACACUUCCGCAGAUCAUGGCAGCUGCAGGUUCGAGUCCUUUAACCACUCAUGUGCUCAACACUGCCGACGGCGUUCCAGCAGCCAAAAUGGCCAUCAGUCUGCACCGGCUGGACUCCAGCGUGCUGGUCUGGAACCUGCUGGCCGUCGGGACAACAAACAUGGACGGUCGCUGUCCAGACCUCGUCAGUCCAGAAGCUUUCACGCCCGGCAUGUACAAGUUGCGCUUUGAGACGGGGCCGUACUGGCAGAGUCUGGGUCAGACGUCCUUCUAUCCCUACGUCGAGGUUGUGUUCUACAUCACUGAUCCAGAUCAGAGGUUCCACCUGCCGUUGCUGCUCAGUUGCUUCUCCUACAGCACCUACAGGGGGAGCUAAGAACUGCAGUUCAUCUUCUCCUGGGGCCUCAUGUUCAGAGACUUGUGUGGAUUUCCUACUUAAACAUGGCGUACACUAAAACCCAGAAAUUGGCAUAAG